AUGUUUAACACAAAAGUUAUCAACAAACUAAUUAAUACUACUAAUUUUAAUACUCAAAAGUAUAUUCUUGAUGAGUUACUUCAAACUAGAAAUGUAACAUUAGAAGAGUUAUCUAAAAUUAAUUAUGAAAAACUAAAUAAAAUGUCAUAUUCAAAUAGUGCUAUAGAAAAUAUAUUAAAUAUUCUUCAGGAAUACAUUAAAUAUCGAAAAGCACAUCCACUUCCAACUUCUUCUACAAAUAAAGUAGAAUCAGACAAUACCUAUUGUAAUCCAAAGUCAAUUUUUGCUUUUGAACAUGAAGAUAAAAAUUCAACCAUUGAAAAGCAUAAGAAAAUUAUAAAAGAUUAUCUCACGGGAAAAAGAGAUAAAUUAACACCAAAAUUGGCUAGUACAAUACUUUAUGAACCAAUGAUUACAGACUAUGAUAUUGUGAAAGCAAAUGAUGAACGUGAACUUUUACAAAAUCUUAUUGAGGAACGUGACGAGAAGUAUCGAAAACUUGCUCAUCUUAAUAUGGAACGUGAUAAGCUUCGAAAAAUAUAUCAUGAGAAAAGUAAAGCUUGUACAGAGAUUAACACAAUCGUUAAGGAACUGUUCAGUGAAAUAAAUUCAGACACUUUUUUUAAUCAUCCCUCUAUUAAAAGUGAAAUUAAAAAACUUGUUUCUGAAUUAGAACUUUAUUAUAACAAUCAUUAA